AUCUGUGAACCUGAACUAGAAGAAAGAGAAUGUUACCCCAAGGCCAUGCACUGCAUUUUUGUUGGGGCACAGAGCCUGUUUCUGAAGAGCUUGAUUCAGGAUACUUGUGCUGACCUCUGCAUUCUGGACAUUGGCCUUCUUGGCAUCAGAGGAAGUGCUGAGGCUGUGGUCAUGGCUAGGAGUCACAUUCAGCAGUUCGUAAAGCUUUUUGAGAAUAAUGAGAGCCUACCCAGCAGUCAGAAAGAAUCAGAGGUGAAAAGGGAAUUCAAACAAUUUGUUGAAGCCCGUGCCGACAAUUAUACAAUGGAUUUGUUGAUUUUGCCCACUUCCUUGAAAAAAGAACUUUUGACACUCAUACAAGGUGAGGAGAAUCUAUUUGAAACAGGAGAUGAUGUUAUUGAAAUUAGAGAUUCUGAACAAACAGAGUUUACACAAAAUGCUGCCACAGGGCUCAAUAUUUCCAGAGAUGAAAAUAUUUUGCAGGAAGAUGCAAGAAAUGAAGCCGGGACUCCUGUUUCUGAGCUUACAAAGCAAAUGGACACAGUAUUUUCUAGUUCACCGGAUGUGCUUUUUGUUCCAAUAAAUGGUCUAGCCCCAGAUGAAGAGGCGCUUUCCAAAGAGAGAGUUUGUCACAAAAGGAGAUUUUCUGAUUCUGAAGAAAGGCAUACCAAGAAGCAGUUUUCUUUGGAAAAUGUUCAGGAGGGAGAGCUUUUGCAUGAUGAUAAGACAUCAGCUGGAAAUGUAAUCAUUGACCUGUCUGAUCCUUCCACUGAUUCUGAAAAUUUAAAUCCAGAUGUAAAAGAUACUACUGAAGAAAUGGAAUACAAUAUCCUCGUAAACUUUUUUAAAACCAUGGGCUAUUCCCAAGAAAUUGUUGAAAAGGUCAUUAGGGAAUAUGGGCCAUCUACUGAACCAUUAUUGCUCUUAGAGGAAAUUGAAAAAGAAAAUAAAAGGUUCCAAGAAGACAGAGAAUUUUCACCUGGUUCUUUGUCUCCAGAGAUCAACAAAACCAAAAAUAAGGGUAUUUGUAGCAACAUAAAUGAGCUUACAACAGAUUCCACUCCAAAGAAAACACAGUCUCACACACAGCAAAAUAUGGUAGAAAAAUUUUCUCAGUUACCAUUCAAAGGAGAAGCUAAACCAUGUACCUCAAAUUGCAAAAUUAAUGCUUUCAGAACAGUGCCAAUAGAACAGAAGCAUGAAAUCUGGGGUUCAAACCAGAUUUGUAAUAUAGAUCCUGAGACUGAUGGCCUUUCAUCCUCUGUUACCCCUUCGAGUCCCAAAGAAAUCAGUUUUGUUUCAAGGGGAGCUUCAAGUAACCAGCCCAGAAUUCCAGUUUUUCCUGAAAAUGGUUUGCAGCAGCAAGCAGAACCAUUGCUUCCAAAUAAUAUGAGAUCUGCAUGUGAAAAACGUUCGGGAUGUUGUAGCUCUCAGUCGAAACCAAACUGUCCACCCCUUUCUCCACCAUUUCCACAGUCCCAGUUACCACCACCUUCAAUUUGUGAUGCAAGGUUGGCAGGACCUUCUGAUCAUAUUGAUUCCUCAGUUACUGGGGUUCAAAGGUUUCGAGAUACUCUAAAAGUACCCUACAAGCUGGAAUUAAAAAAUGAACCAGGGAGAACAGAUUUGAAGCACAUUGUCAUAGAUGGGAGCAAUGUUGCAAUUACCCAUGGUCUGAAAAAGUUCUUUUCUUGUCGUGGAAUUGCAAUUGCAGUUGAGUAUUUUUGGAAGCUUGGCAACAGAAACAUUACCGUAUUUGUCCCGCAGUGGAGAACAAGGCGUGAUCCUAAUGUUACAGAACAGCACUUCUUAACCCAGCUCCAGGAGCUUGGAAUAUUAUCUUUAACUCCUGCCCGGAUGGUCUUUGGAGAAAGAAUUGCUUCUCAUGAUGACAGGUUUCUACUACACUUAGCAGACAAAACUGGUGGCAUAAUUGUAACCAAUGAUAACUUCAGAGAAUUUGUGACUGAGUCAGUUUCUUGGCGAGAAAUUAUCACAAAAAGAUUGCUUCAGUAUACAUUUGUGGGGGACAUAUUUAUGGUUCCUGAUGAUCCUCUGGGAAGAAGUGGACCUCGAUUAGAAGAAUUUCUUCGGAAGGAAGUCUUUCUUAGAGAUAUGCAGCCCCUUCUCAAUGCCCUGCCAAAUGUGGGCAUGUUUGACCCCAGCUUCAGAGUCCCUGGCACCCAGGCAGCCAGCACCAGCCACCAGCCUCUGACCCGGAUUCAGGGAGCUCCUCCAAGUCACUGGCUUCCUCAGAAGCCCCACUUCCCACUCCUGCCAAACCUUCCCAAUAUCCAGCAGAAUCUGCCCAUUCCAGCACAGAGAUCUUCUGCAGAAACCAACGAGCUGAGAGAAGCCCUUCUGAAGAUCUUCCCUGACUCAAAGCAAAGACUGAAAAUUGACCAGAUCUUGGUGGCCCAUCCGUUCAUGAAAGACCUGAACGCGCUGUCUGCCAUGGUGUUGGAUUGAAGAUCGUGCUGAGAAGCUUGAGCUCAGGGCCAACUGAUCAAACUCAAGCUAUUGUCUGUAGAUGAUGGGAAGUAACAUAAUGUGGAGAAACCUACUUCACAGUGUAAACGCUGUUGUAUAGAGAAAAAAAAAAAACAAAAACAUGUUUUGUGUAUUAAAAAAAAAUCUGGAUUUUCAAAACCAGCUUUUUUCUAUAUAUAAAUUAUGCUGCUGUUACAGAUUUAACAUUUUCUGUAAAAGGAAAAUCUACAUUUUCUGCCCUUUCAGAACUGUUUAAUAGCAGUUACUCUUGAGUGUACUUACAUUUUUAUGUUUUUUAAACUAUUUUCCUUAAAGCUGAAAAUAUUGACAAACGGAUAUGGUUCGCCUUUCUAAAUAAAAAAGGGUUGCUUUCUUAAGGAAAGCAAAACCUCUUAAAGUAUAUUUUCUUGAGAUGAAUAUGUCACAUCCCCUAACGUGAAGAGUGCUCACCCCUUCCAGCCUCCUCUCCCCUCAACCCCUGGAGUUAUGAGUCCGUAGGAGUUGUUUUGCUCCUGUGGGGUCUUUUGUUGGAGCCAUUUGUGAGAGUGGACAAGUAGUGCCACUAGAUGGCACCUUGUGCCUAGCCAUUGUUAAUGACCAGGGCAAAGUUAGACUCAGAAUUAUCAGGGAUAGAAGAAAUUUCAGAGUUCAUGUAGUCCCACACUUGUUCCCUUUCCACCCUACAAAAGAGCAAACUGAGGCCCAGAGGUUCACCAUUGGACAUGCCCACAACCACAGCUGUGGGAUGGCUGGGCAGGGACCAGACUCCUCAGCCAGCGCUCUGACAUACGCACCAGGCUGGGGCCUCCCUUCACCUGACUUGACUCUAGAAGCCACAUCUUCGCCUCUGAAGACCAUGAUGAGGUGUGAGGAAGUUCAUCGAGCAGCCCCAUUGUUGUGGCCAUCCUGUGUCCACAACCAUGGCAUAUGCCUCAAUGUAGAGUUUCUACAGCUUUGCCAAAAAAACGGUUUUCUAUUCUCAAGAAUGACCCAAGCCGAUAAAUAUAGCAUUAGUAGCCUCCGUGGGGGUCCCAGAACCCCUGUAUUUAUUUUUCCUGUGUUUAUCUCUUUAGUGUCCUCCUAAACAGCCUUUUCUUUCUCCGAGUUGAUAUCUUGGUAUUGACUUUUUUCAGUGUUGCCCAAAUUCUGUGUCAAUGAAGUUCUUUUCCUGGGUAAUUCCUAACAUCUUUACUGUUCGAACCUUCAAAGGGCUUUGUAUUUUAUACCUGUGCUCUCCCCAGGUUGCUCACGGUCAGUUUCCUAUCUGCCCUGUGGAUCAUGUCUCUUCUCCCAGCCUCCCAGAAGUAGUGCCUGAGGACUUGAUACUGGUUUGUUCUUCAUGGUGAGGAGACUGGAUGACAUCCCAGGAUGCUCCCGCCAGGCAUGUUUUCUCUUGGUUUUCUUUGAUCCCUACAUCCCUUGGGGGAUGAGUCCAGAGCCUUCCGGUUGGCCAGACUUGUACUUCAAUCAUGUUUUCUUUUGGAUGCCUGGAUGAAGCACUCUAACGUGGAAUUGGUUGUCAGCUGUCAUUUUUGUUUUGGGCAGGUUGCCAAGUCACUCAGCUGUGGAAGUAGAAGGACAAGACUGAGGCAAGCCAGAAAGGUGAUUUUCAUCACUGUCCCUGUGCCUCGGCUUCACAGCUGGUUGUUUUCAAAAGCAGAGGUGUCAGGACUGGGGCUGUCCUGCAGGAACUCUGACCUUGUGACUGAAGGUCGAGUCCAGCAGCCUUGCCAAUUCAGUAUUUCUCCUCUGGUUUAGAGAAGAGACAUAGGGGACUCUCCCUGGUUGCCUAGGCUGAGCCUCCAUGAUGCCAGGUGGAGCUGGCUAGGCUGAGAGGAUCACAAGUUUUCUAGGCUCUAGAAGCAGCUUGACCCUUCACCUUUGAGUUCUGUAAGCCUUUGUGUUCUCAGGAGUGUUUAUGAGAAAACUGCCUGUCUCCUGCCUUUUUCCUGGGUAUGGGAGUGAAGGAUGCAGAAGAAUAAGUGGGAGGAGUACAGAAAAGCAUUAAUUACUUACCUUUAUAAAUUAUAACAUGAAACAAUGCACAACUCUUCCUGAAAUCCAUCAAGUUUGGUUAAAUUUAACAUUUAAAACCCAAGUUAUCACGCCAUUAAAAAAGGCUCUUUACCUGUUCUCAGCCUCCUCCUAGUACUAGGCUCAGUGUUGCUGCUAAGUAAGUAUUCAUAGAUACCUCAUGCAGUAGGUAUCUCUGCUGCUACCUUAGGAGUGUUGGCAGUAAUGCUUCCAUGGCUUGUAACUCCUUCAGGCUUUUGUGCGUCAUGGCUCUGCAUCCUGUGUUUCAUGGCAUUGCUGUGAAGUAGCUGGCAGGGCAGAGGAUGCCACCCUCAUUGAACAGGUGAGGUGUCUGAUUCCCAGAGUGUGUCCAGGGUCAGAGAAUAAGUAGCUGGGGAGCUGAAUGAUUGCUGGUGUCCUUUCUUCCCUAGGUCCCGGGCCUCCACCUCUGGGAGAGAAAAAGACUCGUUUGACCUUUCUGUUGAGUAGCCUGUGUUUGAGACUAUAGGCUGCCAGUCACGAAAACAGAGUUAGAAGGCAUCUCAGCCAUCCUGGAUGAUGGGUCAGCACUGUUGGGCAGGCUUGGCUGUGUUUGCCAGGUACUCAGGCCUGACGCAGCUUUGGCAGUAAUGAGGACGUAUGGUGUGCUCAUGUAGGCUUGCUGUGGCACUUGUGGAAUGCGGAGGACUCUGAUCUACACACAGAAACCCAUGCUCUCCACAGUGCUCUUAGCCUCCUUCUACCCCCACCAGGUAUCCAGCCCCUCCCCCCACAAGGGCUGUCACUGCAGGCACUGGCCUGCCGACAGUGGGCCUUGGCACCACCGUCCCCGCAGAUCCUGCCUGCCUCCCACACUGCCGAGACGUGGCCUUCCAUUGGAGUCUUCGCACCUCCACCUCUCAUCAGCACUUCCUCGUCCUCACCUGUCUUUCCCUUCGCUGUCCCCCGGAGCCCAUCUCCUCUCAUCUCCUGACUGAUUUGUUCAGUCAGGCACUCUGACUCACCCCCAUUUCUUCAUUAUUUACCUCCGCAUUAUUGUCCACAUAUCUCAGAGCCUUUAGAUGAAAGUAAAUAGCCUGAUUUCCCCUUACGAAUUAUGUUUUUUUAUAACUAAUACUUUCCCUCAAUUUCCCACUCUUCACUUCCCAGUUUGCAAACUUGGCUUCCACCCCACCACGUGACAGUCAUCUAGAAAAGUCAUCGGGGACUAUCUGAUUGUCAAAUUUAGAAGUCUUUUCGCAAUCCUUAAUAGUAGUGUGCAACUCAAUGACCAUAGCAUGUGACACCAUUAACUUUAUUUUCCCUAUUUUUUGAGGUUUCCAUCACUUUCAGACCUUCUUCAUUCUUCUUCCUUCUUUUACCUAAAGCAUAUUCCUUAACACCCUUCCCUUUCUCAACAGGUGGUUGUCAAACUUUGGACCACCUAGAGGACCCAUGGUGGGGAGGGCAACUCUUGCUAAAAAUGCAGAUGAUUGCAUUUUUAAUCCCCCAGAGAUGUCUGUUCAGAAGCUCUGGAGUAAAGCCUGGGAAUCUGCAACUUCAGCACACUCCCUGGAUGAUUCCCAUGUGGGUGGUCCAUGGACCACAUUUUGAGAUACUGGACUCACGUGCAGGGGUCCUAACUCUACUGUCCCCUCUUUGCAGAGACUUCUAAUCCCACCUCUAGCCCUGCCCUUCAGGAAUGAUUUUUCCAUCCUACCUGAAAGCCCUGUGGAAUCCUCAGACUCCCCAGACCCUCAGCCUACAUCUGUUGUCCCUCCUUACUACCCACCGUCCAUGGGGUCCCCUGUUCUGCCCUUGUCCUUCACUCACCACCGCCCUCCAGUCAUGCUCUCACAGCCUCCCUCUGAGCAUUGGUCCCUUACCUGCCAGCCACUUCUCCCCUCUCCCUUCCAGACUCCACAGUGCUGCUAGAUUUAUCUUUCAGAAGCACAUUUCCAGUCACCCCUCUUCCUGAUCAGUGAUCUUCAAUGGCUAUUUAACUAGAGUGUCAAGCUCACACUCCCAUGAGCCUAGUAUUCAUGGCUGCCUGCCGCCCAGCCAUACUUGAUUGUCCCUUUGUACAGCCCCAACCCAAAUGUUCACUGCAGCCACACAGAUGCCCUCGGUUGCCUGCGGGCCUGUGUCUGUGUGUGUGUUCCUCUCUGCUAGAAAUGGCCUUCUCCCAAAUGGCUUCAUUCUGCAAAGGCCUAGCCCUGAGUCCUCUUUGUACCCUUGCCCAGUGCUGCUGACCAGAAGCAGCCCCUGGUGUUCUGUGACCCCACAGCAUUUUGUGUCUCAUUGUCAGCACUUGCCACUCUGGCUGAUGUUGCCGCAGCUGAUUGUGUACUGUGUCUGACCUCCGUUUCUAGACUGUGAGCUCCUCGCGGGCAGGGACCGUCUGUGUUCACUUUUUGUAUUUCCCAUGGCACCUAGCACAGUGCCUUGCACUUGGUAGGUGCUCAAUAAAUGUCUGCGUAAGUGAA